GGGUCACGGGGAGUUAAGAGUAACUGCCAUUGUUUUAAUUUUGAACGCUCUACCAUUGGUAUCUGAGCCAAAGCGGUAAUGCUACCUGAAGGACAUUUCUGCAGCCCGUAACUCAGCAGUUACACGAUCGUGAGCCAUGCCUUUAGUGAAGAGGAACAUUGAACCCCGGCACUUGUGCGGGGGAGCCCUGCCGGAAGGGAUCACCAGUGAACUUGAAUGUGUAACCAACAGCACUCUCGCUGCUAUCAUACGUCAGCUGAGCAGUCUAAGCAAACAUGCUGAGGACAUAUUUGGCGAGCUGUUUACCGAGGCUAACAACUUCUACAUCAGAGCAAAUUCUCUUCAAGACAGAAUUGAUCGCCUUGCUGUCAAAGUUACCCAGCUGGAUUCAACAGUGGAAGAGGUGUCACUACAGGAUAUCAACAUGAAAAAGGCUUUCAAAAGUUCCACAGUCCAAGACCAGCAGGUGGUUUCAAAGAACAGCAUUCCUAAUCCCGUUGCUGACAUUUACAACCAGAGCGAUAAGCCACCUCCUCUGAACAUCCUGACACCUUACAGAGAUGAUAAGAAGGACGGGCUGAAGUUCUAUACAGAUCCCUCCUAUUUCUUUGACCUCUGGAAAGAGAAAAUGCUACAGGACACAGAAGACAAAAGGAAGGAGAAAAGGCGUCAAAAGGAGCAAAAGCGCAUAGAUGGCACAACGCGUGAGGUGAAAAAGGUUAGGAAAGCCAGAAACAGGCGCCAGGAGUGGAGUAUGAUGGCUUAUGACAAGGAGCUUAGACCCGACCACAGGCUGUCUCAGAGUGUGUACCACGGAGCGUCUUCGGAGGGAUCCCUGUCCCCAGACACUAGGUCACAUGCGUCGGAUGUCACCGAUUACUCUUACCCGGCGACCCCCAACCACUCUCUGCACCCGCAGCCUGUGACCCCUUCUUACGCAGCCGGCGACGCACCACCACAUGGGCCAGCAGCCCAGGCCCCCGAGCAUGAGUACCGACCCCCGUCCGCCUCGGCCAGGCACCCAGCGCUGAACAGGCCCCAGCAGCCGCCGCCGCCACCGCCGCCACAGGCCCCGGAGGGGUCCCAGGCCUCCGCGCCCACAGCGCCAGCAGACUACGGGUAUCAGAGGAUGCUCCCAGCACAGAUAAUUGAAUACUACAACCCCUCAGGACCACCACCGCCUCCACCGCCCCCCGUGAUUCCUUCAGCACAAACUGCUUUCGUCAGCCCUCUCCAGAUCCCCAUGCAGCCCCCCUUCCCGGCCUCUGCAGGUUCCUCCUACGUGGCCCCUCCUCACCCUCCCGCCGCUGGGCUCGUGGUCACAGCCCCGCCGCCCCCGGGCCCCCCGCCACCCCCGCCUGGCCCUCCUGGUGCAGGCUCAUCUCGCUCCUCCUCCCCGAUGCACGGCCCCCCGGCAGGCGAGGCAAAGCGCCAGGAGCCGGUGCAGCCACCCAUAAGUGAUGCCCGAAGUGAUCUUCUUGCUGCCAUUCGCAUGGGGAUUCAGUUGAAGAAGGUGCAAGAACAGCGGGAGCAAGAGGCCAAGCGCGAGCCUGUUGGGAACGAUGUGGCCACGAUUCUGUCCCGACGCAUCGCCGUGGAGUAUAGUGACUCUGACGACGACUCCGAGUUCGAUGAGAAUGACUGGUCCGACUGAGGCGGGGCGCAUGCGCGGUGGGAUGGCGUGGGGACGGGCCUGUGGCCGGCAGGAGACCGUGUGUCGGAAAGCGUAUCACAAAUUUUCAGUGGUCUCAACGCCCACAUAGUGGUAUUAUAAUCCUGUAGCUUAGCAACUUUUGUAUUAAUAACGUGAGAUUGCUUUUGCACAUCCAAAACUUCUGGGUUUUUUCAGUAUUUACUGUGUAAUACUUAAGUGCCACUGAACAUAGCAAAUCGUGCUGCACAUGAGGAAAUAUGCUGUAACUAUUGCAUUGUCCCGAAAACAGCAUUUUGCUUCCUUUUUCUUGGCCAUGAAAGUAUUUAGUGCAGUCUGGGUUUCUUCUCCUUGGUCCCAAUAAUUCUGCAGACUUGCUGUGUGUUUGUGAAGCUGCCUGGUGUUAGGUCGUUGCAAGAUUAAUGACUGCGUGUCAGAGUGAUGUCUUCCAAUCGGUCUGUGAUACUGUUUCACCUGGUUUUUUUGUUGUUUUGUUUUGUUUUGUUUUAUUGUGUUUCAGAAGUUGGUUCUAGAGGGAAGGAUGUAACAAGGAAGGAGAAUCCAGUGUUUUAGCUUUCAGUGUUUGGACUUGGGAGUUCCCCGCCCCCCCGUGAAUUGGAGGGAGCGAGCGAGUGUUCUCUGUUAGGUCAUUUCAUUUCCUUUGCAUGCUCUCCUGAAAUGUGCAGUUGGAAGGGCCCUUUGCGGACAGGGUUCCCUGUGGGCAUACCCUUGUCCCUGCUUGGUGACAAUUGCCAGAAGAAGUUUGGGCAGUUCCUCAGUGCAGAACAUGGGCAACGGUGUUCUUCUUCCGUCAGGGGCUGUGGGGCGUGACACUGGAAACGUGUGACAGCCCUUACGGCCUGGGUGCCAGCCAGCAUAGGCACUGUGGCCCAGGACCCCCAGGCCUCAGGGAGGGUGCUGCCUGUGGCUCCUCAUGCCCUGUGCCCUGAAGUUGGCGAGCUUGGACGGAGGUAAAAGCACAUGCUGACAGCUGCUCACUUUUCCUGGGGCCGUGGCCAGAUCAGGGGUCCAUCCUCUGGGCAGGGCCGUGGCCAGGUCAGGGUUCUGUCCCCCGGGCGCAGCGGUGGCCAGGUCGUCCAUGCCCCAGGCGGGGCCUUGGCCAGAUCAGGGGUCCGUCCCCUGGGCAGGGCCAUGGUCCUGCUUCUAGGAGCACACAGUUCUCUUUUCUCACAUUGUCGUCAGCACAGGGAAUUCUCAUAAGUACCUCAGACUUAGAUCAAGCCCGAAGCAGUACCGGGUCACUGUCCCCACCCCCGCCUCACCUUGGCCCUUCCCGCUCUGCCUCCCAGGCCACAAUACGGGACAGCUCUGGGGUGUAUCUUGCUGAGGAAGGCGGACCGUGGGAAAACUCAUAGGUGGCAGCUUGUGUCUUGGGAUUUGGGAUGAAGGAUCGCAGCGUGUUCUGAAUAAAUACAUGUACCCCGCCCCCCGUCCCCCGGCUUUGAUUCUAGAUCCAACUUCACAAAUACACGGAGACACUUGACCUCAUUAGCAAUUCUGACCCAAGUACAGCAUUGCAGAUGGAUUGUGGUUGUGACUCUCAGUCAGGAUGGCCGAGUCUUUAGCUCAAGGGAGAGGCAUCUGGUUCAAGGUAGUCAUCUCACCAGGACCAUGACCGGUGGAUUUCUGUUUCCGAGUCCUCUGGAGGACUUCAGCGGUGCCCUCGGAUGGGUCUCUGCAUCCCCAGGCGGACACUGACUUGGCUUAUGGGUGAUCAUCCUCCAAAGCCUCUACCUUGGGUUUCAAUCACAUCGAUUUGCAAACUCUGAACAGCCUAAUGUCUGGGUCCCCUUCCCAAGACUAUCUUCCUCUAUCAGGUUACCCCAGUCAUUUCAGCUGGACUAGCUGUUUUGACCCAUGCUUCACGACUUUGUUUCUUGGAGCUAGACACCAUAAUUUUACUGAUUAUAAGCCGUAGUUAUUAGUGAAUUUUAAAUUCCGCUUUUUGAUUUCUCUCCCUUGAUUUCAGUGUAAAGGCCUACUGUGUUGGCAUUAUUCUCGGGACUUUUACCAUUUGCAGUCCUGUUAUGUCUCUAUUCCAAUAUUUUGUUCUUAUUGUUACUUUUGGAUUAGGAAUUACUUGUACAAUUCUAGAACUUCUAUUUGGUAAUGUGUCUUUGUUUUUUUACGUCCCUUUGGUUCUCAGGAUGAAGAGAACACAUAAAGCUACUAUCCAUGUCAGGAUUUCUAUUUAUAUCUUAUUACAAUAAAAUUACUGGCACUUUAUUCAUAAAUAUUCAUAAGCCUAUUAAUUAUUAGUUGUCUUCCUGUAGUUCAAUCAACAAGUCAUUUUCAACUUGAUUUUCUGACUAGUGAAAAACCUUUUGCCCUAGUGUGUUUGCUUAGCCUUUAAAAGAAUGGAAAAGGACUAAAUUUACAUUUAGAUUAUUUUUGCAGUAUUUUUCUCAGCAAAUCGGAUUUAUUCUAAAAUUUCAUUCCAGACUUUUCUCUAACAGCUAUUACAUGAAAAGGAAAAAGUGAAUAUUUUGAAUUUUCAGUUUUUGUUUUCAAAAAAUAUUUACCGAAACAAAUGGAGAAAAACAUUUAAAAGGGUUAUUUCAUAUCUAUGAAUGUCACAUUUUAAAGUAGUAGUCAUAUAUUGUAAGGUUAUUUUAAACUGUCCUCCAUUCCCCCCACCCCAUGUGUAUUUUAGAUUAAUUUUUGAUCAGCUUUCUUCUCACAUCAUAGGUUAGGCAGAGGGGAUGAGAAGGUUUCUUGUUAGCACACACAUUAGCUACACAGACAUAACAUGGUUGGGUUUCCGUUGGUAGCCCCAAAUCGUAGGAUUUGGUACUCUUCCGUUUUCCUUUAGUGAAAGUAUACUGUUAGAAAAUUAACAUUUUUAUUUGAGUAAAGUUUUUAGAAUAUCAAAAUCUUUUCUGAGCACCAAGUGGCUAGGUUGUGAAAGUUUUGUAAUAAUUUGCACCUGAAGUUCAUGAUAUAUUUUAAUCCAUUAAACACUAGUGGGAAUGUAUCAGCCAGAGUAGCAAGUAAGUUUUGUUUUAUAAAUCAGAGCAUCUGUCACCUUGCAGUAUUACCAAUGCUGUUGUAAAUUGAAUUGAAAGUGGUAUUAAAAAAAAAACUUCCUGUUAAACAAUUUUUAUCUGUUUGUAUAUCUUAACUAUAGAUUAUGUACAAGUAACAUCUAAAUAAAAUUACACUUUUAACCCUAAAAGGUUUUACUCCAUGA